AUGAGAUUCCUCAGUGCCCCACUUGUCGGCGCCUUCGCGAUGGCUGUGGCCGCCGUGCCGCAUGUUCCCCGCGAGGUCCUCGCGUAUAGGAGUUGGGACUUGCGCCUCCUCAACACCGCUAUCCCAACCUGCAACCCGAAGGACUCCAACCUCGACGCAAGCAUUUACCAUCGCUAUGGCCGAUAUGAUUCGACCUGCGAAACACUGGAGGCUGACUAUAAUGCCACAAAUGUGAAGAGUGUGUCGUGGAAGAGUCCCAGUGAGGAUGAUUGGCACGACCUAUGUAUGUUUAGUACGGCGGAUUGCUCUGGUGGCGAGAGUACGUUCUUGGGAUCCAUUACGGAUGGUUGGGAGGUGUGCUAUCCGUAUAAUGGGUUCCGGGGGUGGUCUGUUGUGUCGCAUGGAACGGCUUGCGUUUAA